AGUUAAACGCCAAAGAAGAAGUGAAAGAAACCGCAGAAGAAGAGUCUGGCUCACGCUGUCAGGAGGUGUGCUGGUGCCGUGGUUCUGUUCUGGCUGGCUAGGCUUUGCUAGGUUCGGUUGUUGAUCAUGGCUGCUUCGAAGCCAGUCGAACCUCAGUCCGGGAGUGGACUCCCCCGCUGGCAGCUGGCACUGUUGGUCGGGACUCCCAUCGUGCUCGGAGUGGGCGCCGUUUAUCUCUGGAAUCGCAGGGCAAAGGAGAGGAAGCGGACAGGGGAGCGAAAAACCCCAGAAGGCAGUGCCAGUCCCGUGCAGGGCAAAGACGGCGAGGCCCGGACUAACCGAGACCAGGAGAACAUGAGCCCUUUGGAUCGAGCCCAAGCAGCCAAGAAUAAGGGCAACAAGUACUUCAAAGCUACCAAGUAUGAGAAUGCCAUCCAGUGCUACACAGAGGCCAUCAGUCUCUGCCCCAAAGAGCAGAAGGCGGAUCUAUCGACGUUUUACCAGAACAGAGCGGCUGCGUACGAACAACAGAUGAAAUGGGCUGAAGUGGUGCAGGACUGCACUCAGGCCGUGGAGCUGAACCCGCGUUACAUCAAGGCUCUGUUCAGACGGGCCAAAGCUCUGGAAAAGCUCGACAACAAGAAGGAGUGCCUGGAAGAUGUGACAGCUGUGUGCAUCCUGGAGGCCUUCCAGAACCAGCAGAGUAUGCUGUUGGCAGACAAGGUGCUGAAACAGCUGGGAAAGGAGAAGGCCAAAGAGAAAUACAAGAAUCGCGAGCCGAUGAUGCCCUCCCCUCAGUUCAUUAAGUCAUACUUCAGCUCCUUCACUGAUGACAUCAUCUCACAGCCCCUGCAGAAGGGCGAGAAGAAAGACGAGGACAAGGACAACGAGGGGGAAGCGGCUCAAGUCACCGAAAGUUCUGGUUACUUGAAAGCUAAACAGUACAUGGAGGAGGAAAACUACGACAAAAUCAUCAGCGAGUGCACCAAGGAGAUCGAGUCAGGAGGUCGAUACACAGCAGAGGCGCUGCUGCUGCGAGCCACUUUCUACCUGCUGAUCGGUAACGCUACUGCUGCCCAACCGGACUUGGACCGGGUCAUCAACCUGCCAGAUGCCAACGUGAAGCUCCAAGCCAAUGCUCUGAUCAAGCGUGGGAGCAUGUACAUGCAGCAGCAGCAGCCGGUGCUCUCCACACAAGACUUCAACACAGCAGCUGAGAUCGACAAGCGCAACCCAGAUGUUUAUCACCACAGGGGCCAGCUGAAGAUCCUGUUGGAUCAGGUGGACGAUGCAGUGGCAGAUUUUGACGAGUGCAUCCUCCUCAGACCUGAUUCCGCUCUGGCUCAAGCACAGAAGUGCUUUGCCCUUUACAGACAAGCGUAUACCGGAAACAACCCAACACGCGUACAGACAGCCAUGGACGGAUUCGAGGACGUGAUCCGAAGAUUUCCCAAAUGUGCUGAAGGUUACGCUCUUUAUGCUCAGGCUCUGACUGACCAGCAGCAGUUUGGAAAAGCCGAUGAGAUGUAUGACAAGUGUAUCGAACUGGAGCCAGACAACGCGACCACAUACGUACACAAAGGUUUGUUGCAGCUUCAGUGGAAACAAGACCUCGACUUGGGUCUGGACCUCAUCAGCAAAGCAAUAGAGAUUGAUAACAAAUGUGACUUUGCCUAUGAGACCAUGGGAACCAUCGAAGUUCAAAGGGGCAAUCUGGACAGGGCCAUAGAAAUGUUCAACAAAGCAAUCAACCUAGCCAAGUCGGAGAUGGAGAUGGCCCAUUUGUACUCCCUUUGUGAUGCAGCGUACGCCCAGACAGAAGUGGCCCGCAAGUACGGCCUGAAACCUCCAACAUUGUAACUCCGCUUGUGGCGUUGUGGAACCGGCUGUUUGGAAAGUGCGACUGUCUGGCGUUGUUUAUGUUUAGAAGAAGAAACAUCUUGAAAUAUAUUCAAAUAAACACAUAAAUCUAAAGAAAAUACUGUGGGAACUUUACAUCGUUUCACUGGAAUGUUCCUUCAAUUUGACGUUUUUUCGGUUCCUUUCAUUUUGUAACAUACAAUAAUGUCUGCUGAAUGCGAGCUAAAACGUCCUGUCAAACUCUUUCAUGUCUGUAUUUACAGUGCUGGAAUGGAUCUCUUGAUUGUGGGCCUGUUCAGAUGUACUUUCAUUUUUUUUAUUGUUUUUGCCAUUUCUUUUUUUUUUUUAAUAAACUUUGUGCGGCAUGUUCACUUUAUAAAUGUAAAGGCAAUGCUGUAAUGAACACUAGCUAAUGUUUGAAACCUAAAAUCCUUUUGAGUUUGAGAAAUACAGUCAAUUUUAACACAUUUUUAUGGUCAGCCGUUAACAAGUUUUAGGAUCUGGUUAUUUUGCCCCCCCAACUCACUUCCAAUAGACUUAUAAUUAAGGGUUUAUAUUUUGGGGUAAGUUCUUUUUUUUUUUUAAAGUCAGUUAUAUGAGUUUGUAUGUAGUUGGCAUUCUUGAGUAAGUGGUUGAAAUCUUUACCCUCCUGUUGAUGUAAUAUUUCCAAACGCUAGCCUUACCAUUUACAGCCUCCAUGCAACCCCGGCAGGCUCUUGUAAAAUGCAUGAUGUGGAUCUUUUGCAGCAUCUGACUGUCAUAUUUUUCUGUUUUUUUUUUUGUUUUUCUUUAAAUUAAAGAUGUAGCUGUUCUGCUGAACGUUGCUGUUCUCUUUUAGCGCUCUGAAAAUGCUCCCCUCGGCAGUAAUGGUUGAACAAUCACAGAGGAAGCGUAGCAUGCCUCCCUGCUGCCGCUGCUUAGCGGCGCUCGAGUAAUUCUCAAACUCAAAAGAGGAGAUGACUUUCAGAGUUAAAGAACUGACUUCUGUUUCUGGCUGUUUGUUAGAAGAAUGUCCUUCAGUGGUGAGAAUGGUGACCAAAGCAAAACAAAAAAUGGAUUCUAAUAAAGUUCUAAUUCUUGGAAUGAGUUCAGCUCAACAAA